AACAUGAGCCGCAAACACUACGGAAAGGAAGAGUGUGCACGCCAGGCUUUAUUUAGCAGCAAAAGUCAGCAGUCUGAAACGGAGGACAAGUUUAGAAAGCGAUACCAAAGUUAACAUUCGUCUGCAUUCCAGUUCCUUCCUGCAUUGUGUUCAACUCAGUGUUUAGCUGCAUUGCAAGUUAGAUCGUUUUCGCAGGCAUGGUCGACAGUGUUUAUCGGACACGCUCUCUCGGUGUAGCCGCCGUAGGUUUACCUGAUCAAUAUGCGGACGGAAAAGCGGCGAAGGUGUGGCAGCUUUAUAUCGGAGAUACGCGGAGUAGAACGGAAGAGUACAGGAGCUGGGUGGUGUCUCUGCUGAAACAGCACGGCUGCCAGAGAGUUCUGGAUGUAGCGUGCGGCACAGGUGUGGACUCCAUCAUGCUGGUGGAGGAGGGCUUCAAAGUGGUCAGUGUGGACGCUAGUGACAAGAUGCUCAAGUAUGCCCUGAAGGCAAGAUGGGAGAGGAGAAAAGAGCCUGCCUUUGACCAGUGGGUGAUUGAGGAGGCCAACUGGCUGACCUUAUCGGAUGAUGUGGAGAAGCCGGGGAGCGGUUUCGAUGCUGUCAUCUGCUUAGGGAACUCGUUCGCUCAUUUACCAGACUUCAAAGGCGACCAGAGUGACCAGAAGCUGGCUCUGCAAAAUAUUGCCAGCAUGGUGAGGCCUGGUGGCAUCCUCAUCAUUGACCACCGGAAUUAUGACUACAUCCUGGAGACCGGGAGAGCGCCACCAGGGAAGAACAUCUAUUAUAAGAGUGACCUGACUCAGGACAUUUCCACCUCGGUGCUGUGGGUCAACAGCAAACCACACAUGAUUACCCUGGACUACACUGUGCAGGUACCCCACCCAGAGGGUCAACAAAGCACGCCUGAGCUCAGUAAGUUUCGUCUCUCCUACUACCCCCACCGGCUGGAAAACUUCAAGGAGAUUCUGAGGGAGGCCUUCAGUGGCAAGUGUGAGCAGAGUGUGUAUGGAGACUUCAAGAGCUACACCCCAGGGCAAGCUCAGGCACCCUGCUACUUCAUCCACGUGGUCAAGAAGAACCCUUGAGGGGGGUGUCCCUGCGCCUGCCACAUCUGGACAAAGAUCUUUUCUCUCCUGCUCCUCUCCGUCUCUCCACCCCCUUCCUCCUUC